AUGGACAUUCCCAGCAUCCCCUAUGAGAGGCGUCUUCUCAUCAUGGCGGACCCAAGAGAUAAGGCUCUUCAGGACUACCGUAAGAAGCUGCUAGAGCACAAGGAAAUCUAUGGACGCCUCAAAGAAUUAAGAGAACAGCUGAAAGAGCUUACCAAGCAAUAUGAAAAAUCUGAAAAUGAUCUGAAGGCCUUACAAAGUGUUGGGCAGAUUGUGGGUGAAGUACUUAAACAGUUAACAGAAGAAAAAUUCAUCGUUAAAGCAACAAAUGGACCAAGAUAUGUUGUGGGUUGUCGGCGUCAGCUUGACAAAAGUAAGCUGAAGCCAGGGACAAGAGUUGCUCUGGAUAUGACUACACUAACUAUUAUGAGAUACUUGCCAAGAGAAGUUGAUCCACUGGUUUACAAUAUGUCUCAUGAGGACCCUGGGAAUGUUUCUUAUUCUGAAAUUGGAGGGCUAUCUGAACAAAUCAGAGAAUUAAGAGAGGUAAUAGAAUUACCUCUUACAAACCCUGAGUUAUUUCAGCGUGUAGGAAUAAUACCUCCAAAAGGUUGUUUACUAUAUGGACCACCAGGAACAGGAAAAACACUCUUGGCAAAAGCUGUUGCUAGCCAACUGGAUUGCAAUUUUUUAAAGGUUGUAUCCAGUUCAAUUGUAGACAAGUACAUUGGUGAAAGUGCUCGUUUGAUCAGAGAAAUGUUUAAUUAUGCCAGGGAUCACCAACCAUGCAUCAUUUUCAUGGAUGAAAUAGAUGCUAUUGGUGGCCGUGUUUUCUCUGAGGGUACUUCAGCUGAUAGAGAAAUUCAGAGGACCCUAAUGGAGUUACUGAAUCAGAUGGAUGGAUUUGAUACUUUACACAGAGUCAAAAUUAUCAUGGCUACAAACAGGCCAGACACAUUGGAUCCUGCUUUGUUGCGUCCAGGAAGAUUAGAUAGAAAAAUACAUAUUGAUUUGCCAAAUGAACAAGCAAGAUUAGACAUUUUGAAGAUUCAUGCAGGUCCUAUCACAAAACAUGGUGAAAUAGAUUAUGAAGCAGUUGUGAAGCUUUCAGAUGGCUUUAAUGGAGCACAUCUGAGAAAUGUUUGCACUGAAGCAGGUAUGUUUGCAAUUCGUGCUGAUCAAGAUUUUGUAGUACAGGAAGAUUUCAUGAAAGCGGUCAGAAAAGUGGCUGAUUCUAAGAAGCUGGAAUCUAAACUAGAUUAUAAACCUGUUUAAGUUAUACUUCAUGAAAGAUAUUAGCAUAAUAUAAAAAUAAAGUUGAG